ACGUUUUAGUUUUUAACAGAGAAUCGAUAGCAAUUAGUGGUGUGAAGAUAGACAGUAUUAACUCAUUCGACACUCGAACGCGAUCCGUGUGUCCGCCGCUUGUGAAUCCUGUGCUCUGAACUAAAUAUUAUAUUUGGACAUAAUGAAGGAGCUGUUAAUAUUUUUAACAUUAAUAACUGGUGGGAUUGCCACAUCUGCCAGAGAAUGUUGUCCCGGCGGUGGAAUAAUGACAACUAGAGGCAAAUGCGGCGACCAACCCAUGGCAAAAAUGAACUGCACCAUCGGCAGAAUGCUCCUGAAGGAUGCGAUAUUCAACGGCGACAAAGUCUCUACUCAGGACUCCCCGGACUUCGUGUUCGUGGAAGAUCCUAAUUUAUAUUGCGCUGGUAGAAUGUACAAAAACUUCUCACACCCAGAAAUGGGUACGAUACCAAUCGCCAUAGUAUGUUUCGAGGAAAUCAAGAAGAGCAAUGACAUCGAAACUAGUGGUAUUCUCACGCUGGUGUCAGUUUUGUUUCUACUCGCCACGCUAGCUGUUUAUGUCUUUUUGCCAAAGUUAAGAGACCUUCAAGGCUUGUGUUACAUGUGUUUGUGCAUCAGUAUGGCUUUAGGAUUCCUUGCACUUGGAGUGUUACAGCUCAGUCCAGGAUUCAAAGACGAAAUAUGCACUGUAACUGGAUUUCUCGUAUACACAUGGAUGAUAGCGACGUUCUUCUGGAUGAACGUUAUUUGCAUUAACGUUUACCGCACAGUGUUAGAUUCGACGUAUUUGAAAAAGACUGAGAGGCGACAAUACGCUUACUAUAGUUGUUACGCGUGGGGCGGCACGAUAUUGUUACUCAUCGUGACUCUCAUUGCUAACUACGUAGAAGGAGAUCAUUUCAAGCCUAAUUUUGGAGUCGGAAGCUGCUGGUUUAACGGCCGAACUGAAACUUGGUUAUAUUUCUAUGGUCCAAUAUCAAUAUUGAUUACUUCCAAUGUAGUAUUGUUCAUUUUGUCAUCGUUCAAGCUGGUUCAACAUAAAAGGAAAUACGAAGUCAAUAAGUUGAACAAUCUCAAGCACAGCUUCCUUCUGUCACUAAAACUGUUCCUUGUUAUGGGUAUCUCAUGGGUAUUUGAAAUUGCAAGCUUCGCACAUGGAGAGGCGCAUAUUAUAUGGAAAAUAAUGGACACGUUUAACUGCCUUCAAGGCGUCGUGAUAUUCCUACUGCUCGUCGUAUUGAGGAAACGCGUCAUCACAAGCCUGGCUGAGGAGAACUGUUGUUUGUUCAUAACUCGACCCCUCUCGUCAAGGUUAAGCCCCCACGAUGAUACUGACGAUCAACAAAUACUGCCCGAAGACACUGUAGAGGUCAGGCUGAACUGAUCGAGGACGUUUACCUAAAUGCCUGGCUGGACUAUUUUUGAGCGCUAAUAACUUAUUUAAACGUCAGUCUAUGGUGCCUAUCGAUCCAAGUGUUCGUUCCAGUUUAAGUAUUGUAACAAAUUAAUCUAAAACAAUUUGAUUUAAAAUGAAUUUAUAGCAAAUAUUAUUUUAUAAUUAGUACGUACUCCGUUACUUGCACUGGGUUUUGAUGCGUUUAAUUACUGAUAUACUUAUGCGCAAACUAAAUAAGGCCUCAAAAUAUUGUUACGUAACACAGUGUUAUAUGUAAUUAUUUUAUUUCUGUUGAUAUUAAAAUAUUUUAAAUGUUCACAAAUAUGAAAAGAAACUAGUGUAAUAUAUGAUAUUAUUAGUGUUUUACUGUGAUAUUAUCUCAGGUGGAUAAUAACUAUGGAUAAAACAUUAAGUUAGUAUAUACAGAAUUAAAUUAUAUUGUAAGAAUCUCAUAUGAUUGAUUA